AGAGAAACCCUUAGUCCCGGAACCUUCAUCACAACCAGUAGAAAGGUCACCUUCUUCCCAGGGCGUCGGCCCUACCAAACGUCGAACUAGAAGAGGCUCCCAUGGGCCUGCCCGUUGUGGCAGAGUCUUCUCGCCCAGAUAAGAAGAAAUCCCUGCAGGUGGUGGAGCCAACUGGUAAUAUGCCUGAACUUCCUAAGAUUGCUAAUGAGGAUGCUGAUGACAUUGUGCGUUCCAUCCAGGACUUGUUUACUUCCUGGGGGCAAGUCAAGACGUCUCGCCCUACUUCAACCAGUCAUCCUUCUGCUUCUUCAGAGGAAAAUAUGAAGUUUCUCAAGCAGUCGAUAUUUGAGUACGUGUCUUUCAUAGACAUGGAUAUCGACCAGGCUAGUGCUACCAAAUAUAAGGAUAAGCUUGAGCUGUUGAGUGCGAAAUUGGCGCAAGCACUUACACUUCCGUCGCUCAAUGUUUAUGCUGACUUAAAAGCGACGUUGAAGGUUGUUCACUUUGACAUCCUCUCUUUGCUAGUCAAAAAUGUUGAACAGAAGGCCAGGAGUACACAAUAUUUUCAUGCUGCAUCUGAAAGAGAGUCUUUGCUUCUAGAGAUUAACAAAGCCGAUGAUGAAUUAAAAGAAAUCUCUUCUGAUGUUAUGAUCGAAGACUCUUUGAUGACAAGUUUGGCUGUAGAGAUGAAGGAGCUUCAAGCAAAAAUGGACGACUGUAGGGCGAGAAUGGCUGCUAAAAAGUGUAAUGCUUCCCAAGGAAUUGAACGAACUAAGUCUUUGGUUAAGCAGUACAAAAAGCUGGAAGUUGAUGACGAUUUUGUAGCUGAAUUAAAUGUCGCUUCUUCUCAGCAGAGCGAAGAUUGGGGGAGACUUAGGGAAAUAAUUCGUUCGGCCUGGGGUGAAUUGUAAUUAAGACAUCUAAUGCCUUAACUUUCCUUUUGUAACUUCGUACUAACUUUCCUUUUGUAACAGCAGUUAUCGUCAUUAAUGAACAACUAAUUUGUCUACUUGCGUA